AACUUUUUGUAAAAAAAACAACAGCACAGAAAUUCAUGUUACAAAUUCAAGUGAAACUUGAUAGAUAUAUUUUAAGUACAGGAUAAAAUUACACAAACACAGGACACACGAAAGGCAAUCAACUAUGGCAGACAAAAGUAAUGCAUAUUACCGAAAUGAGCGACGGAGGUUUGCCCUGAUCACAUAUUUGUUAACUGCCGUAGCCAUGAUUGUUGCACUUUUGGAGUGGUGUCUUUUUCAUUUCGUAGACGGUAUUAAUUCAUUUUUCAACGAUUACUAUUGGAUUGGAAGCAUAUUCGUUACAAUUGGCCUAAUACUCCUUGUGGUUUUUAUAUUUUUUGAGGUCUUGCGUUUUAACAAAAUGAUCAAUUGGCUAUUUGCACUUUUGAUAUUCGAAUGCGUCGUACUAGGCAUGGCCCCAUUGAUUGCUCGUCAAUAUAGAUAUCAAUUCCUGUUCAGCUUCCUGAUUUGGACCAUAGUUCUGAUACUUUUUAUUCUGAUCGGUACCUUCUUGCCGCUUGAUUUGACUUUGGAUGUAGUAGUAUUGUUUGUCCUCGCAGUCAUUGCCAUAAUUGGCGCCAUGUAUUUUCUAAUGCUUUAUAUCGUAUUUAAUAUGCCAUACUCUUUUAUAAUCGUACGAAUUUUUAUAGUGAUCAGCAUUUGGAUGUUUGUAAUGUAUCACGCCCAAAUUAUUAACGGUGGCAGAUUUGCCGAAAUGCGAUCAAAGGAUUAUUUCCUUGGUGCUUUAAUGCUCUUCAUGGACUUUUUGCUCAUGUACCUGUUUUCUUUUCAAUUGGCUCCCAAGUGGUCCGACGCUUGUGACAAAGAAAAUUCAGAUUUUUUGGUCGCCUUUAAGGAUACCACUAAGACUGAAGAAAUUGAAAGAAGACAAAGAGAGAAUGAUUAUACAGAGGGUACAGCGAGGGUUUUUGAACCAGAAAAAGAUGGCACCACUACUCCUACUACUACUUCUUUAUACUAGAAAGGGAGUCGUUGCCCAACACUGAUUGUGUUGGCGCCAACUAACACACACAAGCUGUCCAUGCAGCUGGAUUUUGGUUUGCGUUUUUCUCAUGGUGAA